CGCAGUCGUCCUUUCUCAGUGAUAUUGGCUCUCACAAUAUUCAUAACCCAGGAGAAAUGAAGCUCUUAUUGGUAUUACUGAUCGUUUUUUCAUGGGAAUUUCAAGUUUUGUGUGAUCAACUACUUACAUUCCGUGGUCAGCCCAUCAAGACGAAACCUCGAUAUAAUGCACAUCACGCACGCGAAUCACGCCAGCUUGUCUGUAUCAGUGAUAAUCCACUUGACGCCCUUACUUGGAAUAUUCCACUUCAAUGGGUGGAUACUUCGCUGACUUCCGCUGAAAAAAAUCAAGUAACUGCUGCUGUCCUUUCGACCCAGCGACCAAAUAACAUUAUUAAUUGUCCAUUCGAUGAUGAUUCGAACCCAUGUUUUGGACGGUGGCAGACGCAAUCGGGUGGCCCGUGGAAAAUCGUGAAAUCUCUGGAAGAACCCAUGGGACCGAUUUUCGACAGUAGAUGGGAAGCAUUGCCAGAGUAUCUGGUCGAGCCAACCACUUGGGUGGAACCUAGGUAUAUCACUACAUUCGGAGAAACUGGAGCCAUUGCAGUGUCUGUACUGGGUGCAUCCAAUGCCUAUUUUUUUAUAUGCAGAACCGUAACCACUUUGACAAGUUUCUGCUACCAGAUUAUCAUUGGAUCCUUCAAACAAUCUCAUAGAGUUGUAUCAGUUCAGAAAUGUACAUAUCCUGUCAAUGAUGGGGGAAUCCCCCAGACAGACUGGGAAUGUGUCGAGUUGUCAGGUCGUCAGUUGUAUCCUGCAUCACUGACUAUUUAUCAAUGGAGAACGUUCGUUAUUAAAUGGCAAGAAACUAAUUGGUCUAUCAAAAUAUAUGAUCCAUUCAAAUUAACCUCAUCAUUUUCGGAUCAAAAUCCAUUAUGGAAUCCCAAUGGCGGUGUUCGACAGUACAAAGUUUAUUUUCAUGCCAGUGGAGACAAGAUCGCUAAAAAAUAUCGCAUCCAUGAAUAUUCCUAUACAUUAACAAAGCAACCAGAUGCUAUGUUAAGCCUACAACUGCCGCAAACCGACACCGAUAGUAUCUGUGUUAGUUCACUCAUAGGUUUGUGUGCUAAUUGUGAUUUGGAAAUCAGCUUAUGGGAUAGAAAUAACAAUCUGUUGGAGGCAAAAACAAUUAACGGCUACAACUUUCAAAUAGCGGAACACCAUUUGCCGUUAUGGCAAAAUGUCAAAAUUAAUUUUGAAAGUAUUACUCCCCAUUCAGGACCAAUAGUUAUGAAAAUACUGGCGAAAGUAGUGGAGACUAAUGAUUACGUCAAUUACCACUGGGCGAUUGCUGAUAUUCACGAGUGCUUACCAGAAGGAACUGUCAAAAGAAUAUCUCUCUUUGCGGUACAAGAAUGGACCGGAAGCAGGUAUAAAUGGCCCCAUAUAAUUUGCCAGAAAUUUUCUCACGAUGGUGAAGUAGUACUUUCGGGCCCUAACGGAUUGGUAACUUACGAUUACCAUUUACAAGAGGAAAAUUGUCCAAAAUUCUACUUUGGGCCUCAUUGUGCAACAAAAUGCUCUACAUAUUUCGGAAAUGAUUGCACUGGUGUCACAAUCUGCAAACCAGAUGGUUGCUAUUGCUCUCAGGGUGUAACUGGAGAGAAUUGUAUUAAUCCGUGUGUUGCGGGUUUUUAUGGAUACGGAUGUAAAAAGACAUGUGGCAAGUGCCUUCGGCAGUCCUAUAAUCGCGGUUACUGUGACAGGUUCACGGGAACAUGCGAUGAUUGCCAGUCAGAGGCAAAUAAAUAUUUUCUACCACCUUAUUGCGACGAAGCUGUAGCAGCCCCAGGUCAGCCCCUGGUCACUUACGUGACUGAAACGAGUGCCCGUUUAGAUCUUGAUAUGAUUGAGAAUUAUAAAAAAAUCAGGGCCAUAAUCACAUUCAGUUUAGAAACGAAAAAUGUACGUCCUAUGGAGCUCCCAGCGCGCCUAGCUCACCCUAGUCUGCCUGACACUCCUCAAACAUUGAGUGCUACGUUCACCAACUUGAUUCCUGGUGUACAGUACAAUGUCCGGAUAAUGAUAAACAUUAAUAAUGGGAGUAAAUAUUUACAUGGCGAAUGGGCGAAUUUUACAACGAAAUGUCAAAGUUCUGCUCGUUUCAAGAUUGUAGCUGGGGAGAGGGACUUGAUCGUCGAGAAAUUCGUAAAUCUGGCCGCCACAGAUCACUGCCCAGAUAGCUGGUACACUGCUGAAAUUUUUAGCAUUCCCCGUCAAUGGCAAGAAUCUAUAAACAGUUGGCCAGCUACUCUGAAAAAUUUGCAACCCUAUACUACCUUUGACGUUCGAGUAAUCGGCUUAGAUGGAAGUCUACAGCAUGAAUCACAGGUGCAAACGUUGGAAGCUGCGCCAUCGAAAGUUGAAAAUUUGGAAAUUAAAUACUUCGACAGCACAUCAGCUAGAAUAACGUGGAAUAAACCGGCAUACCCCAAUGGCAUAAUAUCAACAUACGAAAUUAAACUCAGGCUGGAUUAUUAUAAAGGAUGCAAGGAUAAAGGUCAACCACAGCCAUUGGAUUCCAAUAAUGAGGAUAAAAAAAGUAUAAUUUCUUCCGAUCAAAAUUUUUAUAAAAUUACAGACUUGAAACCUUAUGCGAGAUAUCAUGUAUAUGUCUCCGCUCAAAAUUCUAAACAAGGAGAAGAGGAUUCAGUGAGCUUUGAGACAAAAAAAAUAGGCAUUCCGACUGAAAAAUUUGUAGAUCUGAAAUUCAUUGACGAAAAUUCAACACUGGUAUGGAAAGAUCCUGAAUGUAGUGCUAUUACUGGCCCUAUUUCGGGAGCUGAAUUAAUUUUUACCGGGCAAAAUUCUGAAACCCAGAAUUUUAAUCACAUUGAAACAACAACGGACUCCACUUUUCCAUUAAAAACAUUGUCAUCUAAAAGAAUAGCUAUUUACGGCCUGCAGACCUACGGAGUUCAAGUCUACGUGACACGUGAUGACAAUGGUCAACAUCAACGCUCGAAAUUUUUUUCUUCACUGAAUUUUACAACUCCUCCAAGGGCUCCGCCAAAAGUUGAGAAUUUGGAAAUUGUGGAAUUUGAUUCAGAAAAUAGUGUGACAACACUUAGAUGGCAGAAGCCACUACCUCCAACAAAUGGUCACAUCAGUCACUACUUUAUUUCAUUGACUGAUUAUGCUGGAUCCCGAGGGUUUAAGAUGGGGCCGAAUAAUGUAUGUCAAUUAUGGGAAAAUUGGUUGUGUUCAACAAUUACUAAUACAGCCCAAAAAUAUAAAUUUAUAGAGGUCACGGCUUUCAAUGAAGGAGUGGAAGAGGCUGGGGAAGAAUCCAAAAUAGAGAAUCGACUGCGAGAAGAAAAAGCCGAUCCACCCGGUAACAUAACUCCCAAAAAUAUGGGAAAUGGAACAUUAAAUGUCACGUGGAGUCACCCCUGGAAGACUGGAGGUCCCUUAACGCAAUUUAACAUAACAGUUACAAUAAUAUCGACGAAUCUAUCGAAGCCCUUAUCAACAGAAAACCCUAUAUUAUUCAGUACAAAGUCGAUUGCACCCCGCUCGUACAAACCGAACUACAGUGAAAUACUAAAUCUCCUACCCUCAACGUCAUACAACCUCCAGAUUCAAGGGAUCGGUAAAAUACAUCCAGGAAAAGUGGCUCAAGUGAACAUCACCACUUCGUCAUCCUUCGCAUUUGACGUUGUAAAACCCCCUAAAAUCAAUCCUGAGAAAUCAGAAAUUGUGAUUAUUAUACCAGAAAUCCUGAACGACACAAGAACCAAUAUGAUGGAUAUCAUAGUCAUCGGUCCACCCCGCUGCAAGGAGAUCGUCAUGAUCAAUGACAACUUAUCGAAUGCUCUGGCACUGGAUUCUUAUACUGACGCUUGGUCUGUUGCAACAUUUUCAACGUUAAAGAAACCGAAUACUCCAUUCACAAUCGGAGAUGGAAAACUUUAUUACAAUCGUUACAACAAUACCAACUGCCAAGUCUUCGACGGUUCAUAUCGUAUUGCAUUCCUGGUGCGAAAUGGAAACAUCAGUAGUUCGGAAAAAUUUGAGUGCCUUCUGAGUUGGAAAUCAGAUCCAAUAAAAAUCGGCAAUGAUGUGAUAAAGUCAGGAUCUCCCUUGCAAUGGAUACUCCCAUUGAUAUUAAUUCUCGUGAUUAUCUGUGGAAUUAUGUGGCUCUACUUCACAAGAUACAGAAAGAAAGCAAUUAUAACUGAAAUGGAGGAAAGACCUCUGGAGGAUUUACCAUUACCAGCAAUUAUUCCUCGGAAAUAUUCCCGAUCUUCGAGGAAUGGAGUCUCGCUUCUACCUGGCAGCCAAGAGUCAAUCGAAAAAAUAUUUGCGGAGAAUCAAAGUCCGAGUCAAAUGCCAGAUAGUGAACCAACAUGUGAAAAGGGUAAACGUUCCUCAUUUGUAAAAUUGAAUGAAUUCCACGAUUAUGUUAAGAACGGCAUUGCGUCGGGGGAACUGAUGGAACAGUACGAUACAUUUCCAAGAGGACAAACGAAGUCAUGGGAGUAUGGAAAAUUACCUCAAAAUAGGAUGAAGAACAGAUACGCGAAUCUCAUAGCUUAUGAUGAGACGCGAGUAAAGCUCGAGAUGCUACCGAACGAGCCCUUCUCUGACUACAUAAAUGCGAACUAUAUCCAGGGCUAUAAGAAAAUCAAAGGAUACAUCGCUACGCAAGGCCCUAAAUCGCACACAAUCCAAGAUUUCUGGCGGAUGAUUUGGCAAGAAAGGGUCCAAGUGAUUUGCAUGUUGGCCAAUGUUAUGGAAGGCGGAAAGAAAAAAUGUGAGCAAUACUGGCCAGACAUUGGGAAAGAAUCCGAGUUCGGAAAUAUUACUGUAGAUAAUGUAUGCCAUACUAUUUUCGCGGAUUACACAUUCCGAACUUUCAACGUGUCAUGUGGCCAAGAAUCUCGAAAGGUCGAACAUCUACACUACACAGCCUGGCCAGAUCAUGGGGUGCCCCUGUACACCCAAUCCGUCGUGACAUAUUUGAAAAAAUUGUUGGCAACACCCACAGGUGAUGGACCUGUCGUCGUCCACUGCAGUGCAGGCAUUGGACGAACAGGAACGAUUAUUUUAUGUGAUAUAUGUCUGCACAGGGCUGCUGCUGAAGGGGUUGUUGAUGUCUUUGCGGAGACCGAGGCGAUAAGAAGCCAUAGGGCUAACAUGGUUGACAACAAACAGCAAUACCUCCUCGUUCAUUUAACAUUGGUCGAGUGUUUGUUGACCCUACCAACUGCCAUCCCCUGUAACGAGACCCUAGCCGCAAAAAUUGAGGAGUACAGACCGAGGCUGUUUCAUCAACUACAGAGGCUCAAUGAGAGUGUUUGGCAAGACGAAGCCCUACAAUCCUCAACAUCUAGGCCAAUCGAGAUAUCCAAAACAAAUAUUUCUAAAAAUCGCUAUCCUAAACUGGCAGCGGUUGUUGGCCAUAAAAUCCAUAUUUCGAAAUAUCCCACAACGGAUGCUGAUAGUGAUUACAUGUUUGGUGUUUAUGUGGACAGCGCAAGAAAUAGAAAUAACUAUAUUGCAUCACAACUGCCAUUAGCAUCUACCGUGACAGAUUUUUGGAGAAUGAUCGCUGAAUUUAAGAUUGAACUUGUUAUAGUUCUACAACCCCCUGACAAAGACGAUCCUACAUGCUGUGAGUUUGCAACAGGAAAUGAUGACGAAAUCAAACCGACGCCUUUCUUAACGCUGAGAAGAAAAAAUGUAAUUGAGGAAGACAUUUGCAUAAGCCAAAAAAUGUUGUUAACUGAUUCCUCCAUGAAACCUUCCCGGGAACAACCAGUAACUAUGUUAUCUCUGAAAGGCUGGCAACCAGGAGAGAACAGACCGCCCCCAAAACCAAUAACUCUGGUCGAUUUUUGGCAAUACGCCGAGAGGAUCUCCCGGAGCGAUGGGCCCACCCUUGUGCUAUGCCAUGAUGGAGUCACCAAUUGUGGGCUUUAUUUGGCGCUCAGUUUCUUGCUGGAAAGAAUGGGAUUGGAACGGGAGUGUGAUGUUUGUUUGGCCAUUCGAGCUAUCAGAAGGUCGAGGCCGGACUUCUGUAAUACUGUGGAGCAUUUGAAAUAUUUGUACGACGCCGCUGUCAUUUACGCAGACUACUUCGAGACUUAUGCGAAUUUCACCUAAUUUGUUAAAUUCAAUGUAUUCAUUCUUAAUUAUAUAAUACAAUUAAAUAAAUCCAUCUUUUGGUUAAGCCUUGAAUAAAAAAAAGUUUGUGGCGCAAUAA